CUGGAAAUUUACCUUAUAUAAAUAAAACAUUUUUGUUGAUGAACUACUUAUUACUAAACUUCAUACCUCAUAUAAUUUUAUCAUCAUUUUAUCGAAUAAGAAUAUUUAAGAAAGGGGCGAUUCCUAUGUUCGGUCCAGAUAUGAAUUUAAAUGAUGAACAGAUUGAUGCGAAUUCUAUAGACAUUUUAUAUGUAUCACAAACAGGGUGUGAGGCAACACUUGAUAUCGAAUUAAAUGGAAAAAGACUUAAUGAAAGAUUUGAUUGUGUAAGUGUUAUGAUAGAUAAAUAUUUAGUGAACCGCGUCCUUCAAAUAUUGUAA